AUGGUUUAUAUUACUCAAGCGUUUCGCCGUGCUACGGCUGCCGUUUGUGUUUCUGCCACCAACCCAACAGCAACAGCCAUCCCUGACGUUCCCACCUCUGCUGAAGGUUCUAUUGAACUCUUUUUAAACCCAACAUUGGUCACGAAUCGCAUUGUUACUGACACUGAGAUACCUACUACUUUCCCCCGUGAAACCACUAAGGUCAGCAAUCGAUUCAGGGAAUUCAGACCCUCUAAGAGACUAGUAGCCAAGGCAAGAAAGCUCAAAUCUAAAAUUAAGAAAACUUUUAAGAGCUUGAAGGUUCAAGUUCACAAGAAAGGCAAAGCCUCCCAUCACCCCAAAGACGGUAUCGUUGACAAUCUCUUCGAAGCCCAAUUCUCUCCAUUAGACCCAGAAGAGUAUUCACUCUAUGACUUCUCUAACAAUAAGUUUUAUUCUAUGAGAGCCAUGUAUAAUCAACCUUACUCCGGUUCCCCUAACCACAACCUGGUUCUUACUCAAAUGGUUACAAAUACUACGGGACAGACCUCAAUUUAUCCCGUUGAGUUCAGCCCACAAAAGUAUCUUAUCUCGUUGUUUACUGACGCAUCGAUUUCUCAUGUUAAUGAUUCUACCUCUGUCACUUGCACUCGUAACCAGAUCACGCCUCUCUUCUUCCAGAGAAUGAUGAACUUGUUUGUGAAGUUGCAAAACUACGUCCCGACCCCUUGUGUUGCCCCGAUCAAUGAGAGUAAGACAUGGAUAGAAGUUUCUCUGGUUAGAUUUCCUGAGUCAAUUAAAUCGCUGAAACCGUCAAAAAAGGUCUAUGCUGAGAUAUUCUCUGCUCGCGUGCCAUUGUUUGUGCAAAAGCUUAUCUCCAUUGAUCUGCCACCACUGGGAGAGUAUGUGUCAUAUGUAUUGCGGAAUAUUCAAUCUUGGAGCAUUCUCGGGCCGCUUGGUAUUGAUGAAUGUAAAAUAGAGGCUGAAGAAGAAAAAUCAGUCAUUUACUAUCUGGACGAAGUUGAGAAGGAGGGAGAAACGAAAGGUGAAGAAGAAGUCGAAGACUCAAUGGGGUUUGUUGAUGCUGCUGAAGAGAACAUGCCAGAUUACAGACAGUUCUAUUCAAGAAACUCAAAGUAUCAGGUGGAUUAUCCUGGCUUUGAGGAAACUUAUAAAAUCUCGUCAGUCACUUUUAGUGAUCGUGAUCAAUUUGCAGAGUUUCACUCUGAAGAUGCUCCAGUGGUUCUCUUUCCUAACAUAUACCCGGAAACCCUUGUCUGGAAGCCUCUUAAGUGCCGCUCUGAUAAGUUCGAAACGGUUCCCAAGACUCUUAGGAGCUGCCUUAAAAAUACUAAGCAUAAGGUGCUGGAAAUUGACUUUAGCUUUGAAGAAGCACCUGGCCAGUCUUCUGAUGAGUUUAUUCUCUUCCAGACUGACAAUACUUGGUUUUGGGAUGUUUGUGAUAGGUUUGAUGAAGCCACAAAGAUUAAGAGUUGUCCAAUUGUUGCCAAUGAUAAGUAUUGGGACGAUAUCAGCAACUUUAUCGCUAUUUCUCAGCAGACAUUUAUGAUGCUCUCGGUAGGUAUUAGUGAAACGAAGAUUUAUGGUCUCCAUGAGAUUGUGGGCAAAUGUGAUUGGGCGGUAAAGCUUGCUGCUGAAGUAUUCAGUUCGUAUUUUGCAAUGGUAAAUAGAUACGAGGUGGUGAUUCAGGCCUACUGGCAUGCUGACGAUUUGUGGUCGUUGGAAAAUGUCCAGUGCUCUCUAUUUGCCGAGAGAAAGCGUCUUUGCACCUUGAGGAAGAGUAUCCAGCUACUCCGCAACGCGGCCCGGAUUAUUAUUAGUGAUAAGGAUGAGGUCUUAAAGAGUUAUGCAACUGAGUCCAAAGCCUGUGUCACUGCUGUGACAUUUGUGUUGCAGGAAUUUGAUUUGUUCUUUGCCAACACGUUGAUGAAGGCUAACAGGGGCUGGUCCCCGGAAGAACUUCAAGCACUUUGUGGUAAAGUUGAAUUCGACAAAAAUUAUGGUCCGUUCAUUGAGCACCAUCUUAGUGAUGCUGAUUCUCUCUUGACUCACAACAUUGAAGACAUUGUAAGAGGAAUUCAUGUGUUGGAGACCUUAGAUGCUUCAUUGGAAGCAGCACUCAUAGAGAUGUCUGAGUGCGUCUGUAGGGAAUUGGAGUUAAACUAUUGA